UUCUAAUUUGGUGCUGGUUAGACAAAGAUGGAGGCUGCUAUUGGAGAACUGGUGUCCAAGUUCAAAGUGUACGCAGGCAUUGAGGGCUCGUCCAGUACUCUGAGCAGAGAUGAGUUUCACAAAAUGGUCACUGCUGAACUUCCUAAUUUAGUGGAGAGCACUGAGUCAUCUGCCAUUGACCAACUUAUGACAUCCCUGGAUGAGAACAACGAUGGACAACUGAACUUCUUGGAGUUCUGGCAGCUGAUUGGACAACUCGCCGACAAGCAUGCCAGAGCCAACCAAUAGCAUUUACCUGCCUAACUAUUGAGUUUCGUUUGCACUACAGACAAAAUGGGAAUAUUUCCAAAUGUCUGUGUCAAGCGCUCUCGCCUUUUUUUUUCCCAGCCUCGACGAUUACGCGCACUGUCACUGGAUAUUGUUCAACUAUUUCAGCAAUAUUGAAACCAGUCCGCCUGUUCUUUAAGCACACUCACAGCCCCACAUGCCUGUGCUCACAAGUCUGUAACAGCAGCAGCCUUUUCUCCUUGUUUUCUUGGAAAGUUUUUUUGCAGUUUGGCACGUCUCCCCGCGCGCACAGACACCGCUCCUGCGCACUCUUCUCCAGACACUUUCUGCCAAAACAAGAAAAUAAAG